GACCUGGUUGCCAGGAAACGUUUUCCAAGCUGUCUGUUAGCCCAGGGUAAUAAAAGCAGGACUGUGUGUGUGUGUUGCUUCAGUAACCCUGGUGGAAUUCAACAUGCGCACGAAGGUCUUUGAAAGCUUGAGUUUGUCCUGACAGCUUUUCACCCAACAACUGAACCCGCGCAGCCCCGGUUCUGGUCAUCUGGAGAGCCGGUUUCCUCGCGUAACCUGAGCCGACCUGAAGGAACCGGUGCCGGCUCUGCGGGCGGAAACCAUGGAGACGGAGAAGGACGGGGGGCUGCUGGAGAACAGGCUCAGCGUGAAGGACUUUGAGAAGAUGCAGUCUCUCUUCCUGCCGGCGGGUUCGGGUGAGCCGGUGUCUCUUACGAGGGCGGAGUUCGCGGAGCGCGCCCUCGCGGCCGUGGGCCGGGGGUCCCGGAAGGAGUACGGCCGGCUGUUCGACAGCGCCGACGUGUGGCGGGAGGGCCGGCUGGACUGGGCGCGACUCGCCUCCUUCCUCCUGCUGGAGCUCCGCGAGAAGGAGGCGCGCUCGCGGGCGACCGCCGUGCCCCGCUGGGGGCCGCUGCGCGGCCUGCCUUCCCUGCACCGCGACACCAUCCAGCAGGUGGCAGCCCUGCGCAGCUCCUCCAGGUACCUGAGCGUGAGCAAGGAGGGCACGUUGGGGGUGUGGAGCGACGAGCUCAUCCUGCUCAAGUCUCAUCGCGUCUCCACGGACUCGGUGAAGCCCAGAGACCUCUGGGUGACCGCAAUGGCGGUCCUACACAACGUGCACAAGGUCGCGGUGUCCUUCACCAGCAAGGAGAUCUGCUUCUUCGACCUGCUCUCCAAGCAGGAGCUCAGCUGCCAGUACAAAGUGCAGGGUCUGCGGCACGCGGCCGUCAGCCUCCACUACUGGUGCGACCCUCGGAACCCGGACGGGGGGGUGCUCAGCUUCGGGGACCUGGGGGGCCAGGUGAGCGCCAUCUGCUUCAGGACGGCCCAGAUUUCCCUGUUCGAGAAAGCCGGCGCUGGGGCGGGGCCGGAUGCUGUCGUCGUCAUCAAGUGGGCGGAGCUAGUGCAAGGUCAGCACGGGUGCUGCUACGCGCUCGGACACCGAGCGCACGACGGGGACUGGGUUCGCAGAGUGAAGUUCCUGGGGAACCUGGAAGCCUUCGUGUCCUGCACCACCGGCGGGGAGAACAGCAUGGCGGUGGCGUGGCGGGAGCAGGAGGCCACGCCCCUCAGGGUCACGGCCGCUCGCAUCGAGGGAGGCGCCAGCGACCUCGACUACCACGUGGGACUCAACCUCAUAGCCACAGCAGGCCUGGACGGCAGGGUUCUUCUGUGGAACCCCUACGUGGUGUCCAAGCCCGUGGGUGUCCUGCAGGGCCACGCCACUGGCGUGCUUGCGGUGCACUUCCUCUCAGGGAGGAAGCAGCUGGUCAGCUUCUCUAAGGACCAGGUGCUGAGGGUUUGGGACGUGCAUCACCAGCUCUGCGUCCAGCGGGUGGCCGCCAUCUUCCCCAAGAGCCGGGAGUGCCGCACGCUCCUGCUCUUCCACGAGGAGCGCGGGCGACUCUUCCUCACCUUCAACGCCCUGCUGACUGUGCUGGAGGCCGGGAAGGAGGCGGAACGCAGGGUGACCAGCCACGCGCACGCCGUCACCUGUGUCCUCUACAACUCCUUCUUGAAGCAGGUGAUCAGCAGCGACGCCGGUUCCACCGUCACCUACUGGCUUGUGGACACGGGGCAGAAGGUCAAGCAGUUCACCCGUUGCCAUGGAAACGCCGAGAUCUCCGCCAUGGCGCUGGACGACACCCAGACCCGACUUUUCACCGGGGGCACCGACGGCUUGGUCAAGGUGUGGGACUUCAACGGGCACUGUCACCACAAGCUGGAUGCAGGUCAGACCCGUGCAGUGGACAUCUUACAGAUCCUGGUGCUUAAGAGGAUGGUUCUGGUGCUGGGAUGGUCCAGGACGCUCACCGUGUUCUGGCCGAGCUCCUUCGCCCAGUGCUCUGCUCCGUCCUCCGAGUGGACGGGGGGCUCCACCCACCGCGACCACAUCCUCUGUGCCGCCUUCCUGCCUCCCCAGACUCUCGUCACGGGCGGCGGCGAUGGGGAGAUCAUGGUGUGGAACAGCAGCACCGGGAACAUCCUGCGAAAGCUGGAGCCCAACGACACCCCCCGCCUGCAUUGCAGAUCAGACAGUGAGCUGCUGAGCAGACGGACACAGCGCACACCUGUGCUGCGCAGCGCCUCUCAGCUCUCUGCUGCCCCUGCUGGAGCGGAGGACCAGGGGCAAAGCUGCGCUGUCACACGGCUCCUCUUCCUGGAGGGCAGGAAGCGCGCGGUGGCUGCAGGGGGCGCCGACCUGGUGUCCUGUGGGGGCUCGGGCCUCGUGCGCUUCUGGAACACCAAACAAGGCUGCUUGCUGGCCCAGUUUGUCGCUCACCGAGGCUCCGCCUCCAUCACCAUGACGGCGGAUGAAGGUGGAAGGUACCUGGUCACCGGUGACAUGGACGGAGAAGUGAAAGUGUGGGAUGUCCAGAACUACUGUGUGUGUCCAGGGCAGGCUGCCAUUGACCACGCCCCCAAUCUGCUGUCGUGCUCCCGCCCUCACAACGACUGCGUCACCCACCUGGAGACGUGCUCUCGCGGCGGGCGGCUCCUCCUGCUCUCGGCGUCGGCGGACUGCCGGGUGGCGCUCGGCCUGCCGACCGGGGCGCCCGUCGGCACCUUCGGACAGGAGCAGCGCUGGUGCUUGGAAGCGAUCCUGGAGAACCCACAACCCAGCGGCACUCUGGAGGAGGAGCAGGAGAGGGCUCUGCCUCUUCCCCUCCAUGGAAACGGCUUCUCAGAGACGGGCCCCCGAGGAGAGGCCCCUGUCCCGGUCCAGCAGAGCAGCUCGGACCCCACGACCACCGUCCACCCCACCAGUCUGUCGAUGAGCUGCACUCUGGGGCGGAGCUACCAGGAGAGGCGGGGCCUCGGGAUGAACGACAUCAGACUCCCCCGUGGGGGCGAAAGACACGGCUCUUUGGGAAUGUUCAGCAGUCUGCGAAUCGAGGACCUGGCCUCCGUGGGGGAGUUCACCAAGCCGGACUUCAUGAUCAACCCUCAUCUGUACUUCGGGGACAGGUGGGAUUGCCCCCCCCACUUGUCACCUGCCCUGCCCACCACUGUGGAGACGGUGAAGGCGGCCUUUGAUGAGCGGAGUCUCUUUCCACGCAACAUCCUGCAGCUGGAAGAAAGACAAGGACGACUGGACCACAAACGAGAGGCACAAGUGAAGAAGAACGUGGGGAGAAGAGUUGCCAGGAAACUGAACAAUUAGUGGCCCUGCCACCUCUGAAGUCCAGCGAAGGAGAAACUCUCUGACUCACACACACACACACACACACACACACACACACACACACAAGCACUGGUGGAGCAGAGGGCCUUUGCAGUCAUUCCACAAGGAUGCAGACAGUCAAACCAGAGCUCGUUGAUGAAGAACAGAAAGUCAGACAUCCUUGCCGUCACUCGUGUGUCCAACACGUGCUGCUGGGAUUCGAACCCAUAAGCACUUCACUGCUCUCCUGCUGCCCGGCGCCUGUGAAUGUUUCAGCAGUGGUUGGGAUACUCGCCAGCAAGCCCGUGUAUCUCCGAAGGACCAUCGGCACCUCGGCUCUCGUCCGCGGGAGAAGGCCUGAGCGCCGAACCCGGGAUCGGGCCCCGGAUCUGGCGAGUUCUCCAUGGGAGGCCACUGCUUCGGGACUUCGCCGUUCCCAGAAAGGCUGCGGUUGCACCCGAGCCUCACUGUGGACCGGCAGGGACGGAGGAGCGCCACAGCUGGACCCUCAGUGCCGCCCGCCACUCUGACACAGUGAAUGUGUGUGCAUGUGCGUGUGUGUGCGCCGCUCUGCCGUUCACCAUGGUCCAAUGUGUGUUUUUGUGCGCACAUUUACACUGCUUUUACUAUCAGUGCACGUAAAGCGCCGUUCA